AUGGUGAAAAUGAAGGUGACAAUACGUUCAAACGGGGUGUAUUCCGCUAAGUGUGCAAAUAAUUUGGGAACAGCAGUAGCAAAAGCAGUCAAGAAGCGACGGAUAAUGAUUGCAACUGCUGUAAUGUUGGAGUUGCAAGAAACGCAAGUGAAGCGGGACUACAAAAAGAAGCAGUACUGGGUAGCUCCAUACUUAAAAGACCGUCAGGAGCAUAGCUUUUUUCACAUAUCCAUCCCUAAACUGACAUUCGAAGAUAGCAUACAUUUCCAUAACUAUGUAUUUUCGGCAACGCAAUUGGAAGAACUAUUGACAUUAGUUGGACCACAACUGCAAAAAAUGAAUGUUAUUCGAGAGUGCAUAGGACCUAAAGAACGCUUAGCGUUAACAUUAAGAUAUCUUGCAUCAGGUGAUUCGAUGACAUCGAUGUUAUACCAAUAUCUUGUAAGAGUUAAUACAACAAGCAACAUAAUUCGAGAGACAUGUAAAGCGAUCUGGGAUACCUUACAGCCACUAGUUUUACCAUCUGCAUUAACUGAAACAGAGUGUUUAGAUGUUGCGCAGAAUUUCGACGAUGUAACAAAUUUUGCCCACUGCAUUGGAGCUAUCGAUGGCAAACAUGUGACUAUACAGUGUCCCAACAAUACCGGUUCUACCUAUUAUAAUUAUAAACAAUCGCACAGCAUUGUUAUAUUGGGUAUUUGCGAUGCAAACUAUAUUUUCCGAUUUGUGGACAUUGGAGCAUACGGCCGACGAAGUGAUGGUGGAAUUUUUGGAGAUAGCAUCAUAGGGAGCAAUUUUGAUUGUCAACGCAUGAAUGUACCGAAACCGGCAGCUGUUGAAGAUGGACGAAUUUUACCAUUCUGCCUUAUGAGAGACAAGACUUUUCCCUUAAAAUCAUAUCUGCUUCGGUCCUACCCAAGGAUUGGAUUGACUCUGAUGGAUGAUAUUUUUAAUUAUCGAUUAAGUUGUGCAAGAAGAAUCAUCGAAAAUACGUUUGGUAUUUUAGCGAGUCAGUGGCGAGUGUUUCGUAAACCGAUUAUUGCUCAGCCAGAAACUGCUAAAUUAAUUGUGCAAGCAAUGGAGUGUCUGCAUAACUGGCUCCGAAAAGAAGACAUUGGAAAAAAUGUGUAUGUCCCCCCAAACAUGAUCGACGAAGAAAGCGAAGAUUUAAAUAGUUUCCAAUCAGGUACUUGGAGAAUAAUGAAGGAUGGAUGCGCUUUUCAAGAUAUCACUAAUUAUGGAACCAACACAAAUGCCCGAAAUUGUAUGAAAAUACGUGAUGAAUUCCGCGAUUAUUUUUGUAAUGAAGGAUCAGUACCGUGGCAAUAUAAUAGGCACAAAUAA